UUAGUAACAUUUUAUUCCGAAUGAAGGGGAUUUCCAAUGUAAAUAAUAAACAAAUGCACGUGUAGAAAUGCAUCAUUUUAGAGUUUUAACGACAAUCAAACGUUAUUAUGGCAAAAAACAUAGCUCAAACAUGUGGUUAGAAAGGCAAGCUAGGGAUCCAUACGUUAAAAGGGCACGUGAAGAGGAUUGGAGGUGUCGAAGUGCAUUUAAGUUAAUAGAAAUUGAUGCAAAACACAAGUUACUGAAACCUGGACAACUUGUUAUUGAUUGUGGGUGUGCUCCGGGGUCUUGGACUCAAGUUAUUGUUCAGAAGAUAAACUCAAACGGCUGUGAUAUAAAAUUGCCAAAAGGGACUGCUAUAGGCAUUGACCUUCAAUAUGUGAAUCCCAUUAGAGGUGCUAUUUUACUAAGCAAGUGUGACUUUACUUCAGCUAAAACACAGGCUGAAAUUCUUCAAAAACUGGGUAACAAAAAGGCCGAUUUGGUUCUUAGUGACAUGGCCCCUGCAUGUACAGGCGAUAGAUCGAUGGACCAUCACAUAAUCAUUGAACUUUGUUCCUCAGUUAUUAGAUUCUCAACUGUGGUGUUGAAAAAUGAUGGAGCAGUUUUGUGUAAAUUAUGGAUGGGCGGUCAGCAAACAUUACUGGAAGAUGCAAUGAAGAAACUGUUUUUAAAUGUGAAAUAUGUAAAACCGAAUGCUAGUCGUGAUGAUUCUGCAGAAAUAUAUUUGUUAGGUCGAAAUUUUAAAGGAAUGAUUUGAAGGAAGAUAUAGCUUACCAUUAUAAAAAUCAUGAGUAUUUGUGUGUAUCAGUACUAGUAUGUGACAUGUUUACGAAAAUACAUUCUCAAUGGAAUAACCAACAGCAAUGCAGGACAAGUUACACAACAAAAUUAGAUAUACAUUAUCGUAUAUUGAACCCAGCAAUGCAUGAUCUCGAUUUAACAUUGUUGGACAGGAAUUAGAUAACUUCACGAUAAAGCUGGAAAGAGCUUUGAAAUUGCUAUAUUUUCUAUGUCUAGCACGUUCAUCCGUCACCUUGGGUCUUUUCAGUUCUAUACACAUUUAAACAUUAAACGUUAGACAUUAUUUUAUUCUACCAAUCAUGGGCCCGUGUCGGGCAAGAUACAAAAACAUCAUAAUACAAUGAUUAUAUAAACAUUAGUGAAAUACACAAUAAGUAAUGCACAAAUAAUAAAUUGAUAAUAUGAGCAAUGUAGGAUAUUAUUAUUGUAAGAGGCAUUGAGUGUAAUGAGGCCGAUUUAAUAUUAAAAGAAUAUGAUAUAAAGUUUAUUAAUACGGAAACAAAAAAAAAGUAAAAAAAGAACCGAGAAUAUAGUAUCUCAUUCUGCAGUAGUUCUCCUCAUGACCAGUGCACAGCACAUCACAAAAAUGCAAAGGUCAUCAAUGAGACAACUAUCCACAAAAGACCAAAAUGACACAGACAUUAACAACUAUAGGUCACCGCACGGCCUCCAACAAUGAACAAAGCCCAUACCGCAUACGGUCAGCUAUAAAAGGCCCCGAUAAAACAAUGUAAAACAAUUCAAACGAGAAAACUAACGGUCCUAUUUUUAUAUAAAAAAAAUGAACAAAAACAAAUAUGUAACACAUAAAACAAACGACAACCAAUGAAUUACAGGCUCCUGACUUGGGACAGGCAA